UCGAACGGAAUGGUUCUUUUUUUGGCAAGAACAAAAGCAAAACAAACGAAAUAACAAAAUUUACCUAUAGCAAAGAUAACAUACAAGCAUAAGCUUCAAGCUUGCUGUCCAUUUCUCGAACCAGCAUUACGUUCUACGCUUGCGUUUCUUUCUGUUAGACUUAUUUACGAUAUGACUAACUUAUCGUUAUUGUAAAAGUUGUUGGUAAAGUGCUGCAAGAGUACUGCCAUUCCAAAAUAAUUACUCUUCAUUCCUUUGAAAUAGAUGAACGUGAGGUGUUUCAUAAUAAUGCGAGAAGAUUUGUUGUUAAUAUUGCUUAUUUCAAUAACCAACGGAUUUACUCACUAUACCGACUUUAAUGAAUUCGUUGAAUCAGUAGAAAGAAAUAUUUCAGCUUCAGAGAAAUAUAUUCGUCCUACAGAUAACAGCAAACUGAUUCAUGUCACUGACUCCAACAUAUAUGAAUUUGGAACAUUCGAUUUUAUCAUAAUAGGGGCGGGAGCAGCCGGAUCUGUUCUGGCGAACAGACUGACGGAAGUGGAACAAUGGACGGUUUUGCUACUGGAGGCUGGUGGGAGCGAUAACGCGUUUAGUGACGUUUUAGGUUUUCAGAGUUAUCUAUAUAACUCGGACAUGAACUGGCGCUACAAUAGUACUACACAAAAAACGUGUUGUUUAGGCGGCAUCAAUCAGCAAUGCAGAUAUCACAGAGGGAAAGUACGUGGAGGUUCGUCUACCAUCAACGCAGCGAUGUAUGUUCGAGGGCAUCCCGAAGAUUACGAUAGAUGGGAAGAGUUAGGAAAUGCGGGAUGGUCUUACAAAGAUGUUCUUCCUUAUUUCAAAAAGUCCGAAAAAGCCGUUUUCACUCCCAGAGUACAGGAUUCCCAUGGCGAUAACGGGUAUCUUUUUGUCGAUAUCCCGCCUCCAACGCCGGGAUUUGAUCCGCUCAUUUUUGGAGCGUUCGAAGAGCUAGGUCUACCCAAAAUAAAUGAUUACAAUGGUGAGCAUGUGAACGGUGUCAGUAAAACGCAAUUCACACUCAAGAAAAAUAAAAGGUGUAGCACCUCUAGAGCAUUUCUAGAUCCAAUCCAGCACAGAAAAAAUCUUAAUGUGAGUCUCAACAGUUUCGUUACCAAAAUAUCAAUCAUCAACAAAACGGCACAUGGAGUGGAGUUUGUUAAAAAUGGCAGGCUGUAUACUGCGAAAGCAAGAAAAGAAGUGAUAUCAUCAGCAGGCGCCGCAAACUCCCCACAAAUUUUAAUGCUUUCGGGAAUAGGACCGCGUAAGCACCUGCAAGAUUUAAAAGUUCCCGUGAUCCAGGAUUUGCCAGUUGGACAAAAUUCACAAGACCAUCCCUUGUAUACGAUGCUUUAUUUUAGAACGAACACUACAUUUUACAAUAUUACUCUAAGAGAAAAACUAAUAUUAUACCAGAAAAAUCAGAGGCCGCUAAUUACCGGCCCUCAUGAAACUGUUAUUUUUAUUAAUUUACAAAAUUCUACGCAUAGACCAGACGUCGAAAUCGUACUUGGCUUCCAAGCCCCAACAGAAGAGCAAUUGACAUCCAUCUGGCAAUUAGACACAUUCUACAACGAACUACUCGACAUCAGACCUCAAACUGACUUUAUUGGCUUCAUAUCCCAACUACAUCCGAAAUCCAGAGGAUCUGUAACAUUAAAAUCAACUGAUCCGAGGGAUAUGCCCUUAAUAAAUCCAAAUUUUUUCUCAGAUGAAGAUGGGUACGAUAUAGAGACGAUGUAUGGUGCAAUACAAAUAUUAGAAAGACUAAGUGAAACCGAAACAUUUCAAAAUAAUGAUGUCAGGCUUGUAUAUCCAAAAGUGCCACCAUGUGACAAUCUACAUGAGAGGAAGUCAAAACAAUGGUGGCAUUGCGUUUUGAGACAAUUCAACUGGUUUGCGCAUCAAGUCGCAACAACUUCCAUGGGAAACGAUACCAGAACAUCGGUGGUAAAUUCUCGACUGCAGGUCCAUGGGAUUCAAAAUUUGAGGGUAGUUGAUGCUGGGGUUAUCCCGGAGGAGAUCUCGGGUCACACCUAUGCGCCAACGAUUAUGGUGGCAGAAAAGGCGGCGGAUUUUAUUAAGGAAUAUUUUCAAUGUUAAAAGUAGC